CUUCAGCCAGCCAUUUCUCUACCUGGAUUUGUCCGCUACUGGACCAGUUUCUACCACGUGUCUUCAGCAGAGAUAUUUUUAUGCGGACUUUGACUUUGAUCAGUACAAACAGAUAUGACUCGAUCAUUGAUGACUUAAAAGGUUCCAAGCAUUCCUUGGUCUUUUGGAGUUUUGGAGCCAUUCCUUUCUGUUUGAAUUCAUUCAGACAAUUAAUAAACUAAUUACAUUUUGAUAUUUGUAAUCAGAGUGUAAUACAAGAUCAAGGUCUGCACGAUGGCCUUCAGCAACAUGACUGGACUGCUCAUCAACUCUACCUGGGUGGUCAGUAAUUUAACAGCUGUGUUCAGUGGCUUGGACCCCAGCAAUUUCACGACGCCUGGCAAUCCUACAGUGUCGUCCAGCGAUUCAACUUUGCCGUCUGCUAGCUUAACAUGGGCACCCAGCUACUCCACCUCAACGGCAGGCUUCACAUCCGGGGCACCUAGCGCUUCUACAGUGGCACCAAGCUACACUUCCGGAGCACAAAGCACUACCCUGGCACCCAGUCUUUUUUCUACGGCGCCAAAUAUUUCGACCACGUCAUCCGGCUAUUUUACGGACAACGUAUCAGAAUCUACAAUGAGGAGUCUAGCUGAGCUCAACUUCCGCUUCGACGCCCUGACUCUCAACAUAGACCAGUUCUACCAGAUAGUCUUUAGUAUCAUGAUUCUCUUGUUGACCAUGGGCUUUGCUUUUAUCGAAGCCGGCAGUGUCAGAGCCAAGAACACCCAAAACAUUAUCCUCAAGAACUACUUGGAUGGCUUCGUUGCAGGCAUAUCCUACUGGGCUAUCGGCUGGGCAUUUGCUUACGGUUACGGCAACGGAUUCAUUGGCUGGUUUGACUUUGCGUCGUCCUACGUGCCCAAUGAGAAAAUGUCCAACUACUUCUACCAGCUUAUGUUCGCUUCAACCUCCUGCACCAUUGUGUCUGGGGCUUUGGCUGAGAGAUGUGAAUUUGUCGCUUACUUGAUUUACAGCUUCGUUUUGACUGCUUUUGUCUACCCAUUGUGUAGUCGUUGGGGAUGGUCACAGUACGGCUUCCUUCACAUUGGACAUGAUUUCGACAUUGAUGGCAAAAUCAUGCAUGUCAAAUACGAGGAUUUUGGUGGUAGCGGUGUUGUCCAUCUUGUGGGUGGAACUACGGCAUUUGUUGGUGCCUGGUUACUUGGUCCACGUAUUGGAAGAUUCCAUAAAGAGACUGGAGCCGUUAUUCCAAUCAGAGGACAUUCAGUUCCACUUGCUGGCAUUGGUGCCUUCGUGCUUGUGUUUGGGUUCAUGGCCUUCAACGCUGCCUCCCAAGGUCACAUAACUGAACCAGGAGAUGGUGCCGCCAUCAGCAUGGCCGCUUUCAACACUGCCAUCUCCUCCAGUAUGGGAGCCUUCACCUCCAUGUUUGCCCACAGGUAG